GAAAUCCACCAGAGGACAAUUAUAUCUCCUGAUGAUCCCAGCUUUAGUAACUCUUUCGGUGAAUUCCCUGGGAAACUAACCCACUAUUCAAGUAGGUCUCAGAAGAUAGUGGACAAAGAUGAAGUGAAAGAAAUAUCCGAACUGAAGGAUGGCGAGAUAUCUACUGAAACCACUCGUACUCAUCACCAUGAAGAAGCGUUUGAUGACGAGGUACCGGAAGAAGAAGCGGAAGAAGGUAUGGUUCCGGAACGUUCUGCUGAGACUUCACGAACUAUCCAGUACUACACGGAUCCUCAGGAAUUCCAGAAUGUGUCAGAUCGUCUUCAAGAGGAAUCCAGGAGGUCCAGGAUGCAGCACCAUCGGCAGCAAAACGGGGAACUGCCAGCAGUCGCUCACCGCUGGGUUGAUGACCACUUUGGAGGUCCUAAAGAAAUCGGAAAUGGGCCAAGAUCGGAGAGCGCUAGAACUAAAUCUGGAGGAAAUCGUAUUACCAUAGAAAUGUCUGGGCAUAGGUCUAGCCCUAGUGAUUUGUCGCCAAGGGACACGAUGAUCAAAGACAGAUCUAGAGAAUCGACUCUAAGAAGUAAGAAUUCUUCAUCUGGAUGGCGUAUGGAACACAGUCCUUCUCCUCCCUAUCCACCUAGUACUCCAGUGCACAACAAUACUCUAGGGCGGUCCACUACCUCUCCUUUUGAAGUCUCUUCAAGCUCUGGGUCAUCUAGGUCUAAAACUCCUGUGAAAACCUUCUACUUGGGAGAAGACAAUACUUAUCAACGUGAUCAUGUGAACAGCUGGAAGAAAAAAAGCAACCAUUCUCUUGCAGAUGCGAUGAGUUCAACAUUAUCCAUUGGUGAUUCUAAUUCUUUGGGAAGAUCCAAUUUAUCCGGUCAUUAUGGAGAACGUAGUGACUCCUUUUGCCGAAUACCUAAAAAUAAAGUGAAUGAGCCUUUGCGUUACGAAGUGCUUAGCAACGGUACUUUAUACAGUAAGAUAUCCCGAGUCAAAACUGAUAAAAAUGUACAGGUAUCUAUGUCGGAUGACGACGAUGAUGAUGAUAAUGAUUCUACUUUGAAAAGAAGUAGCCAUCGAGAACGUUCUCUCAGCCCACAUCGACUUAGUCGAAGUACUUUGACCCUGCCUAGGACCGUGAAAGUCACUCACGAAUCUCCAAAGUCACCAUAUUCAACAAAUUCUUUAUCUCAUUCUAAAUAUUAUAAAUCAACAGACUCAUUGCAUUCUCCUGGGUACAGCAGUUACUAUUCCUCUAAUGAUUACGGAAACACUAAUUCGUACAGAAAUUCUUCUUCACCGAUUUACAAUAAUGCAUCUUUCCAUAGAGACAAUCGCAAUCACGAUGUCUAUCGUAAAAGCGACUGGUCCAACUCCAACUACAAUGACACUUAUUCUACCAAUUCUCGAAAUCGCGUUCAUGAAGUGAAAAUCAACAAGAAAAGCAGCCAAGAUAUUCUCACCAAUGGCCGUAGCAGCAAAGAUAAGUCAUCUCUUUCUCCUAAUUGGUACAGUUCAUCCUCCCUGAAAAACAGAAAAUUUCCCACUUCUCCGCCAGAAUCAGGAUAUCAGUCGCCUUUUCCACCUACCCCACCAUCAAGUCCACCACCAAGAGUGAUAAAAGUUCUACAUUCUGAUCAUUAUGGAAGCUCCUCUUCCAUGUCUCCUCCAGACUCUCCUAUCCACACAUCAACAGCUUCCAUCAGGAAGAAAUCGGCGUAUCCUUCAGGAAGUGCCUCAAGAUCUAAAUCUUCUUCAGACCUGCGAACUGCCCCACUCUUCGCUCCAGAAAGCUUCAGUCCGUUGGCUAGUCCAUUAAAGCUGAAGACAGUUGGAGAUAAAAAGAACGAUCGCCAGAAAUUCUACCGAGUCAAACCUGGACAGGAUGGACAAUCUGUCGUGGUGCAAGUGCGCGACUGGAAUGGCCGUUAAACAAGUGUACAGUUAUAGGUACAGCGAAAGUUUUCCACAAUUAUGCUCAGUCCAUUAGGUUUUAAGCCAUUAGAUGAUUCAUCUGGUAGCUGAAGUACUUCUUUAUUUUAAUAAGUGCUUUAUUGCUAAUUAAGUCUGAGUGACCACUGGUUACCAGAAUUUUGUGUCUAUGAUGAUGUUAUUAAUUGUUUGGUGCAAUUUAUAUUCACAACAAUCGUGAGGAAAUUCUGCUUGAAAAAUGCAUUAUACGGCUGCUUUUGAAACAUGAUUUCACAAAAAGUGUGGAUAAGACGAAUUUUACAAGUUUUAAUAUCCUUUUGAACUUUAAAAAGUAAUAGCUUAACUUUUACUCUUGCAAAUUGUUUGAUGUUUUCCUAAUUAUUUACGAAAAGACAUUAACAAAAGAUGCAGCUGAUGGCAAUGUAUGAAUUUAUAAAUUAUAUGAAAUUUUAUGUAUGGAAAUAAUUGCAUUAGGUACAUCGUGAUAUAUUACGAAAGAUUUCCUUUACUUCAUAAUCUUAAGAAAUGUUGUUAGAAUAUUUGCAUUUUUAAAAAUCUUGUUUGUAUUGAAAGAAACUUUUAAGUCAGGAUUUUGAAUGCAUUUAUGUUCCGUAAUAUCAAAGGAAUUUCGAAAAAAAAAAUGGUUAUGCUUAAAAAGUGACUUUUUUAAUAUUAGUAUAACGUUUUAAUAUGCAAUACAAACAAGGAUGAAGUGUUGUAUUUAUACCUCUUUUUUUCGAAGACAUUCAGUUUUACGAAAUUUAUUGCAAGCUUGAACUGCGUAGCUUUAAUUAAGCAAAAAUAGCCUUUUCAAGCUCAUUUUACAACGACGUUGGAAGCAAAUUGUAAACAAUGAGUGAAUGUUAUUUUUACAAGUAAUUUACUUUUAAAAGCAUUUCAUAUCAUUGUUUGAGACUUUAUUGAUACCUUCUUUUCUUUUGUCUUAAAUCAAAGAGGCCAUUGAAAAGGAUCAGAAAAUCUUAUGUAUUAAAAUAAUUUCUUUAUUAACAGAUCAUUUUUGGCAGCUACUCAUAUAUUUUUAUUAAUUCUUUUUACUUCAGUUAUAAUAUAUUAAUAAUUACAUUUAAUCAAAACUGAAAUAUGGUCAUUGUAAUUUAGAUAUUCAUUUCUCACUUGUAAAACAUUGCAUCAUUAUGUGAAAGAUUAAGCCACAUAAUCAUCAUAAUGUACUUUAUAUUUUUGAUACUAUAUCUGGGAAGCAGAAUAUUAAUUUGGCAACUCCAUCAUAUAUAUUUAAAUAUAAGUACUACAAUGUUCUGAAAUCAAGCAAAAUUAUACAGGAUAUCAUUUUUAAUGAUGCAGAAAUCAUGUGCUGGAUAGAUUUAGGUAAUUAUUAUUUAAGCAUAUAAGGUUUGCCAUACUAUAAUGUUUAUUGUUUUGAAAAAUACUCAGAUGUAUCAUAACUACUAAAUUUAUUUUGUUCUGUUGAUUUUAAAUUACAAUAAAACACUCACAAAUUUCUUUUAUUAUGUGAUAAAAUAUUAGCCGCUGAUUCUGACAAUUUUUAUUUCAUAAGUAAACUAGUGUGACAAAUAAAUAUUUCCUCUACCUUAACCUAUGAUCGAGUAAACUUUCGUUGGUAAAAUACUCUUUCUUUGUUGAGAAUUAUUUAUCAGCAUUCAACCUAUAUGGCUAUUAAAUAUAUUUGAUUCUCAAUAAAUAUUUUGUUUAUACUCAAUUUUUUUUUCAAUUUGUUUGAAUCCCCUCCUUUCAAAUUUCAGGCAGGUAAAGUUAAAAACGUUUGUCUCAAUAAUUUAUACUCUCAUUCUGUUUUAUUGCCGAAUUUUUUAUUUUCAGUUUAUUUAAAUAAUCCCGAUGCAGUUAAUAUUUUGGUCGUUUUGUUCAUGCCUAAUUUGCAACAGAAAUUUUGAAUAUAUUUUUGAAUACUUAUUAAUUUUCAUCUUUAAAAUCUGACGAAAGCAGGAGAAAAAGUAAAAGUGUGAUUUUGGGGGUUUUCCCAAAAAUAAUUUUGAAUUUAUAGUUUUAAUAUAAUUUUUUGAAUGAUAUCAAAUAUAUGAUGGGGAAUGUCAUUCAUUGUUGCUCGAUCAUCCCAUGAAGCAAUAACAUAUUUGGAUUUCUCUUAUUUCAUUUGUUUAGAGCAUGUUCAUAAACUUAACCUUUUUAUUUUAGGACUUUUAGUGUAGAUUUUUUUUACCAAUAUUCUUUAUUUGUUAUACACUCAAACUUUGUUUACAAGUGGUGUGCAAGGAUGAUACUAAUGAUUGAAAUAAAAUGUAUUAAUUCUUGAA